GCGAAGAGGCUGCGCCAGUGAACGGCCGCGGGGAGGAUGGCCAGGUGCCCCAGGAAAAGGGCCCUUCGCAGGGGCAGGAGCACGACAUCACCCUCUUCAUCAAGGCUGGUUCCGACGGCGAGAGCAUUGGGAACUGCCCGUUUUCUCAGCGCCUCUUUAUGAUUCUCUGGCUCAAGGGAGUUAUAUUUAAUGUCACCACGGUGGACUUGAAAAGGAAGCCGGCGGACCUGCAGAACCUGGCCCCUGGGACCAACCCCCCUUUUAUGACUUUUGACGGCGAGGUCAAGACAGAUGUGAAUAAGAUCGAGGAGUUCUUGGAGGAGAAGUUAGCGCCCCCAAGGUAUCCUAAACUGAGCACCCAGCACCCAGAGUCUAACUCGGCAGGAAAUGACGUGUUUGCCAAAUUCUCUGCAUUUAUCAAAAACACCAAGAAGGACGCCAGCGACAUUUAUGAAAAAAACCUGCUCCGGGCCCUGAAGCGGCUGGACACCUACCUGAGCAGCCCUCUGCCUGAUGAGAUCGACACCGACAGCCCCGAGGACAUGCCCGUCUCGGGGCGGACGUUCCUGGACGGGGAUGAGCUCACCUUGGCCGACUGCAAUCUCUUACCCAAGCUCCACAUUAUUAAGAUCGUGGCCAAGAGAUACAGAGAUUUUGAAUUUCCGCCCGAAAUGACUGGCCUCUGGAGAUACUUGAACAAUGCCUACGCUAGGGAUGAGUUCACAAACACCUGUCCGGCCGACCAGGAGAUUGUGCACGCAUACUCAGAUGUUGCAAAGCGCAUGAAAUGAAGCUGGGCUCUUCUCUG